UUCCGCGCUGAUUUCUGGCGUAGGCGCCGGAGCAGAAGCUGCUGCCGCUCGGGAGUCGGUUCCUCUGCGACUUCUAGCCCCCAUGGCCGACCUGGAGCUCUUCGGUGCUCAGCAGCCGCCGGCAGCCGUCGGUAACGGGGCGCUGGAUGGCGCAGAGGAGGAUCCUGCCGCCGCUUUUCUAGCGCAGCAGGAGAACGAGAUCGCGGGCAUCGAGAACGAUGAAGGCUACAGCAUCCUGGAGAGCGGCGAGGUGCCCGCGGCGCUGCAGGGUCCGGAGGGCAUUGACUCGGGUGCUGUUGAUGGAGUGCUUAAUGGAGAUGUCUAUAAGGAGAGCAAUGGUCCACCGGACUCAUUUGCUGCCAUAUCCCAAGUAGAUCGACUGCAGUCAGAACCGGAGAGUAUUCGUAGAUGGAGAGAGGAGCAAAAGGAGCGCCUGGAGCAACUUGAUGCGAACUCACGAAAGCAGGAAGCGGAAUGGAAAGAGAAAGCAAUAAAGGAGUUGGAGGAGUGGUAUGCAAGGCAAGACGAAAAGCUCCAGAAAACAAAAGUGAGCAACAGGGCAGCUGAAGAAGCCUUUGUGAAUGAUGCAGAAGACAUUUUUCCAGGCACUGAGUGGGAACGUGUGGCUCAGCUCUGUGACUUUAAUCCCAAGUCUAGUAAGCAGGCAAAAGAUGUGUCCCGCAUGCGUUCAGUCCUCAUCUCACUCAAGCAGGCUCCGCUGGUUCGCUGAAGGAAAGCACAAUGGAAACACUACAAAUGCAGUAUCUUAACCUUACUCAGAGAAGCUAUGUUUGCAGUAAUUGGAUUAAUUGUUUCAAUGUUUUUUUUGGACCAAACUUCAUGAUGUAUCUAGAGCUGAUCAUUGUCUGAUUGCAUGUUCUUCCUCAUGUUUCCUUUCUGUGUCUGAAAUGGGAGAACCUUCAAAACUGUAGUCUCUGUGCCAUUAUGCACUGAGAUGUCUCUUCCGACAUUACUGAUUAAAGAUCUGUUAAACAGCAAAA